GCAAACAAAUCUCAUAUUAUCUGCCAUUUCUAAGAAAUCCCAUUAUAUUUUCUUUUUUCAAUUCGAAGUUAGUUUCUUGGUUUAUUCCAUAAAAAAGAUUUAAUCGUAGAUUUGCCGACAUGACUUCAUGUUACCGCCGUAUAACGAUUGGACCCACCGCCAUGAACAUUCCGGUUCAACCGCUGAAGUCAAGACAUCCGGUCGAGAUUCCACUCUUCCCUCGUUGUUCGUACAAUAAUAUCCAAUUCUCAUUUGGAAUCUCUCUGCGACCGAGAAAUUUUCGGAGAGUUCAGGCGGUGCGGCCAGAGGGAAGAUCGGAGGGCGGAGAUAACGCGGAGAAGGUGAGACCGGGACCAGGGCGUUGUUUUUACUCGGUGGAAGAUCGAACAGUGGAGGUUGAAAAGGGAGAGAAGAACCGGACGGUGGAGGUGGUGUUAGCAGCGGCGAUGACGGUGGUGUUUGGGGUAGGGAAUCGGGUACUCUAUAAGCUGGCGUUGGUUCCUCUCAAGCGCUACCCAUUUUUCUUGGCUCAACUCGCCACAUUCGGGUAUGUAGUUGUAUAUUUUUCUGUAAUGCAUCUUCGGUAUCAUGCUGGUAUUGUCACAGAUGAGAUGCUUUCCAUGCCAAAAGCUCCAUUUCUUGGUGUUGGCCUUUUGGAGGCUCUUGCUACUGUGACUGGAAUGGCAGCCGGAGCUAUUCUAUCUGGGGCAUCAAUUACAAUUUUUUCUCAGACAUUUCUUGUGUGGCAAAUACUCUUGUCCAUUAUUUUUCUUGGGAGGAGAUAUAGAGUAAAUCAUUUACUUGGAUGCUUUCUUGUAGCUGUUGGUGUAAUCAUAACUGUAGCAAGUGGAUCCAGCACUGGUCAUUCAUUGAAGGAAGCUGGCAUAUUUUGGAGUUUAAUGAUGAUAAUUUCCUUUUUGUUGCAAGCAGCUGGUACUGUGCUAAAGGAAGUAAUCUUUUUGGAUGGCGCUGAGCGAUUAAAAGGUGGUUCAGUAGAUCUAUUUGUUGUCAACUCAUUCGGGUCUGCAUUUCAAGCCUUAUUCAUUGGCAUACUUUUACCCUUUUUUCCAAAACUUUGUGGCAUUCCAUUUAGUCAGCUAGCAAACUAUCUUAAAGAUGGGGCAGCUUGUUUCUUGAACAUUGCUGGUACCUUAUCAAGCGGAUGUGAUGGUGCGCCACUACUGCCUUUGCUGUUCGUUAUCGUCAACAUCGGUUUCAACAUAUCAUUGCUACAUCUACUCAAGAUAUCUUCCGCAGUAGUCUCCUCACUGGCAUCUACUUUCUCAGUACCCAUUGCAGUCUAUAUCUUCACAUUGCCGCUGCCAUAUCUAGGGGUAGCAUCACCGCUUCCAACUGGUUUCGUUGCAGGAGCAAUCAUCCUAGUUAUCGGGUUGCUCAUCUAUGCUUGGUCACCAUCCAGUUCUUCCAGUGCCUUGCCAUCACCACCUCCCAACUAGAAUGUGAGAAAGCCAUUGUUGUAUCAUUUGUAUGGCAAGUGAUGGGGUAAGAGAGAGAGGAGAGAGAACAUCGAUUCUAGUUGUUUGAGAAAUAUAGGAAAUCCAAGUGUAUUGAU